CACGUUUAAGUCUGAUCGCAUCCACACAGACACACACAACACUAAGUCACAACAUUUCCUCACCACCAAUGGCGCCGUAUCCCACGAUACUCGUACUAUUAUUCACCACCAUCUCCGCUGCAUCCGCCAUAACCGGUUACCAAAACCACACCGUAGGCGGCACCGCCGGAUGGUUUUUCAACUCCACCACCAACACUUCCGCCACAAAUUACUCUUCUUGGGCUUCCACUCAAACUUUCAACCUCGGCGAUUAUCUCAUUUUCAACACCAAUUCGAACCAGAGCGUGAUUCUUACAUACAACAAAACCGCUUACUUGAAUUGUACAGUCGAUGAUUCAGACAACGAUACAUCGAUAUACAGCGGUUUUCCAGAUGGUUUCAACAAACCGUUGACUAUUUCCGUUCCGUUGACUAUUGUGGGACUCAACUACUUCUUCUCCGACUAUAGCGAAGGUCUUCAGUGUCAACAAGGCUUAGCAUUUCAGAUCCAAGUUCAGCGUGGCAUUGGCUUGCCACCAAGUCUCAACCAGCCUCCUCCACCGCCGUAUAUUGAGCCGCCUGGUCCUAAUAGUGCUGAAUCUCCGUCGGUUACGCUGCCGCAGACACCUAAUAGUGGCGCGUUCGCGAACCGCGUUGACGGGUGCGUGGCGAUUUACGCACUCGGCGUUGCACUGGUACUGUUGCAAUCGCAAAGAUAGACACAAAUUGGAAUGAGUUUUUUUUUUUUCCUUUGGGAUACAUCACAUUGGAAUAAGUUUUACUUAGGCAUAUAUUACAGUUUAUUCAUCUUUCAUUACUAAUAAUAUACACUAUUAAUUUGCCAUGAACUAUGAUAGGAAACAAACUAAUUUUAUUGAUACUGCAUGUGUUAGUAGUUAGUACUAGUAGAAUGCAAUUUGCUUUGGGAGUAGUAGGACAUCUUUUUCAUUUUAACAAGAUGCAACUGCAAUUUAAAAGUCAAUAACAUAAGUUGCUCCC